GUUUUACGUCAUAUGUUAUUGUCAGAUUGUUGUCAGAUGUCAAUGUAUCGAUAGCUCAGUGAUAGAAUUUCUUUUUCAAAAGCGAUUCUUUUUGCUCGUAAACUAGUGUAAGGAGGGGAAGUUGCGCGAUAAGAAACAAAACAUUUUUCAUAUCUGCGUGCAAAAUUCUACAAUUGUAAUUAAAUUAAUUUAUUUUUUUCAUUUUAUCUUCAUGACAUGCUUCUAUAAUGCAUGAAAUAAAAGGAUAAAUAUAAAUGAAAGAUAUUUACUAAGAUUAUGAAAUAGUGUUUCUAGUAUAAGUAUUCUAUUAAUCACAAAAACACAGUACAGUCUAGCAAUAGGCCUGGAUAACAUUAAGAACAGAACUUAUCCCACAAUUAAUGCGAAGGAAUACAAUAAUACAAUGGCUUCAGCAUCUAGUACAAGCGCACGUAGCUUGUUCAUUGAAUCGAAAAUGAGACUAGCAGAUAGAGUGCAAGUUAAUGUUAAUAACAUUGCUUCUCUCGCUAGACAGAUACAGCGAGGGUCAAAAAGUAGUGAGAUUUUAAUGCACGCAGCAAAAAACUUUGCACAGCAGGAACAUGGAUUAGAAAUGAUAGAAUCUAGUUUAAAGAAACUUGCACUUAUUAGUACUCAUUUGGAAUAUCAAAUGGGCACGAUUGAUAAGAACUCUGCAAUGUUGGAAGAAGUUACUGAACAAGUACGAUCUAUGCAACGAUAACAUAUUAAAAUAUAUAUAAAGUUGUUUUAUGAACUCUGCAUGUAUAAACAUCUCUCUGCAAGAUAUA